AUGAACUUAAAGGAAAUCUUUCAUAAACACCUUAAAUUCCCAUUGAUAUUUUCUAUUCUCGGAAUUCUUACAUCAUCAGUCGCAUUUUCAAUAAUAUACUUGCUUCUCCUCAACGACAAAGUAACUUUUGAUAUAUCAAUCGGAUUUUUAGUAAUGUCUUUAUUCUAUUUCUUCAUUAUUUGGAUCUCUGUUAAUGACUUCAAGCUACAGGCAAUGUGCGGAUACAUUGCAUUAAUUUUAAUUCUUUCAGGAAUUUCAGAUUCAUUAAUUACACCAACAUGGAUUCUUCAAGCUCAUUGGGUCAAUAAAUAUGCAGUAUUCAUGACCAAUUUUACAGCAGUAUACUCCUCACUUUGUUUUCUUUGGUCAAAAAUUUUAUCAUUAAUCGUUGGACCUCCUUCAAGAGCCAUGCCAAUCGCCGAAGUUCACGAGGGAUUCAUUUACGUCGCUGCCAAUAUUAUUAUGUGUGCUUUUCUCUCAUUCAUUUGCGCAUAUAUCGAAGUCAAGUCAAUGUUCUCAUACAGAAAGAAUCUAUUACAAAAAUCCUAUCUAUUCAUCUUGAUUCCUCUUGUUUGGAACUUUGCUUUAGGAUUUUUAGUCGGAACUCAACGAAAUAGAUUUGUUGAUGUUGUCCAGAACAAGGAUGGUAUCAUCAUUUCUGUCUAA